GUCUGCUCGGGCGAGUGUCCACCUUUGUUUUUGCAAAGACUUUUUUUUAUUUCCUAAUGUCUGGACGCGGCAAGCAGGGCGGCAAGGCGCGCGCCAAGGCCAAGUCUCGCUCCUCGCGGGCCGGACUGCAGUUCCCCGUGGGCCGCGUGCACCGCCUGCUCCGCAAGGGCAACUACGCCGAGCGCGUCGGGGCGGGCGCGCCCGUGUACCUGGCGGCAGUGCUGGAGUACCUGACGGCCGAGAUCCUGGAGCUGGCGGGCAACGCGGCCCGCGACAACAAGAAGACGCGCAUCAUCCCGCGCCACCUGCAGCUGGCCAUCCGCAACGACGAGGAGCUCAACAAGCUGCUGGGCAAGGUGACCAUCGCGCAGGGCGGCGUGCUGCCCAACAUCCAGGCCGUGCUGCUGCCCAAGAAGACCGAGAGCCACCACAAGGCCAAGGGCAAGUGAUUGGACGGGCAUCGCAGCUUCCGGAAACGCUUUGAAACCCAAAGGCUCUUUUCAGAGCCCCCACCCACCUCCUAGGAAGAGCUAAUGUCACUUUAGGUUAAAGGGGGGAAAUGCACAGAAAGGGACACUGGGCAGUGGCAGAGGGAAAACAAACCCGAACACACAGCUGCUCACCUGCCGAGCGGUUGGGCUGUGCACAGAAGGGACACCGUUUCUCACCCUCACACCAACGAGGACUCGGACUGCUGGGGAGGAGGAGCUGUCACUGUCCUAUAAACGUUGCAGCAAUUGUU